AUGGCGGCCAUGGCUUCAAUGAUGAUGAAAGCACCCGGAGCCCUUAACUGCGGGGCAGUCAAAACGAAUAGUGUGGGUCAUAUCAGUAGAUUGCCCAACAGUAGCCUCCAAGGUCAAGAUCCAAAGGAAACGUCCUCUACUGAAGCCGUUUCUCCUUCAAGCUCUACCAAGGUGAGCACGAAAUUUGGCGACCUGUUUGUGUUCUCAGGGCCUGCGCCGGAGAUCAUCAAUGGAAGGGCGGCUAUGUUGGGGUUCGUGUCGGCCAUUGCAGUGGAGGUGGCCAGCGGAAGAGAUUUGCUGUCGCAAUUGAAUAGUGGAGGACUGUCGUGGUUUGCGUUAACUGCAGGAUUAAUGACGGUGGGGACACUGGUGCCCCUGUUGAAUGGAAUAUCGAGGGAGAGCACGUCGCAGCCAAUAUUUUCAUCCACAGCAGAAAUGUGGAAUGGGCGCUUUGCUAUGCUCGGCCUCCUCGCAUUGGCUUUCACUGAAUACGUCAGGGUGGACCGCUUGUAUAAACACCUUAAUAUCUAUUUCUAUUCAAGCACAAGCUCCAGUAUUGGAAGCUCUCACAUGGCAUUCCAUGUUCCAGUGGAAUUUUCUUGUACCGUUUAG